CAUAAACAUUACAAUACAGUGACAGAAUCACUACCAUUUUUCUCAGACAAUGUUUCUUUUGCCAAUUACAAAGCUUUUUCUCUCCUGUCAAAAACAGUAGAAAACAUAACACUUUUCUUUUCAACCUGUUUUUCUUUUCUUUACUCUUGUACUAUUAUCAACUCCUUCUAGUGUAUGCAUUUCUUCAACAAACACCAAUGGCUGCUACCAACAAGUUUGCAACCAUGUUACAUAGAAACACCAACAGAAUAGUUGUAAUUCUAGUCUAUACAUUUCUUGAAUGGAUCUUAAUUCUACUUCUUCUUCUCAACUCUUUGUUCAGUUAUCUUAUCACCAAAUUUGCCAAAUGUUUUGGCCUUAAACCACCUUGCCUUUUCUGUUCAAGGCUUGAUAGUGUGCUUCAGCAAGGGAAUAGUAGCACAAGUUUUAACAGUGAUGUUGUUUGUGAGACUCAUGCAACUGAGAUUUCAAAUCUUCGUUUCUGCUCAAAUCAUCAAAGACUAGCAGAAACUAAUAGCAUGUGUGAGAAUUGUUUGGCUUCUAGACCAAGUCAUCAUAGGAUUGGUUUUGUUUCAUUGAUAAGUCAUGAAAAACAUGAUGAAAAUGGAGAGAGUCUAGAUUGUUGUUCUUGCUGCAAUGAGAGUUUGAAUAGACAUCUUUAUCCUCCUUAUUUGCUGUUGAAGCCUUCUUGGGAAGAUGGAAACUAUCUUAGCAAAGGCUCACUCAUUGUUGAAUCAAUAGAUGAUGAUGAUGAUGAUGAUAAAGAAGGUGAUAGUAAAUACAUUGAAUUUGAGAUAAACAAUGGAGAAGAUCAUGAUCAUGAUCAUGGUCAUGAUGAAGAGGUGUUAGAUGAACAUCAGAUAUUUUCUGAUAUUGAAAGUUUUAUCCUUAGAGAAGUGGCCGAGGAUCGAUCGAGUUCGGUUUCGAACUUGAAUUCUGAUGAAAAAGAUGACAAGGAAGAUGAUCAAUUUACUGAUACUCCUAUUAUGCAGGUUUCACACUUGGAAGAUAGAUCAAUUGAAAUCAUCAAUAUGCACUUUGAGUAUUCCGUAGCUCGUGACGACGACCGGUUGAUCCCUGUUGAUUUAAUAGAUUCAUUCACUUGUUUAAAUUUUGAGUCAAGCAAAUUGAAUGAUGAUCUGAAGGAGGGGAUUGAGAUGAUUCAAACUUUUGUCACUGAGUCAUUGGUUGAACCGCAUUCGAAUGUCUUUGAAGGGGAGGUUUUACUCACAAGGAAUGAGAAUGCAGACAUGAGAGAACUUGAAGAAAGUUUGGAAAAUUCAAUAACUUUGGAAGUUGAAGGGUUAAAUCAGAAUUCACUAGUUCAAACUUCUGUGAAUGAUGAUAAUAGUAUUCAAGAACCAGAAAAUGCACAAGUUGAUCUUUUUCGAUCUCAAGAACCGAUUUGCUCGUAUGAAUGCACACAAGAAGAUGAAUCUGAAUCAAGUGAUGAUGAUGAUGAUGAUGAUGAAGCUGAAAAUGCCUUUGAAAAUUUCAUUUCUCAGAAUAAUCUAAGAAUGUCUCAUAGUUUAUCCAAUGAUGAAAAAAGUUUGGAAGCAGAUAUGGAAGAAAAACAAGAAAAUACUCCACCAGAUGAUCUGCCUCCAUCUGAAGAACCAACCUGCUCAAAUCAGUGCAUACCAGAAGAUCAAUCUUCUACAAGUGAGGAUGAUACUGAAGUUCCUAAUGCAUUUGAUGAUUUCAUUGCACAGAACAAUAUAUAUACUGAUAAAACCGGUGUAAAUGAUGAUGAAAUGGCUGAGAAAACAAUAUCAGUUGAAAAAGUUGAGGAGGAAAGAAGCCAUCAAUCUUCAAAAUUCUCAGAAUCAUGUGAAGUAGAAGAAUCUAUGGAUGGAAGUGUUGCAAGUGAGGUAGAAUACGGCGAUCCGGUUUUAACAAUCGACCGGCUAAAAAAAGCGGUAAAAGCCGAACAAAAAGCUCUUAGUGCUAUAUAUCAAGAACUAGAAGAAGAGAGAAGUGCCUCAGCAGUAGCUACAAACCAAACAAUGGCAAUGAUUACAAGGCUGCAGGAAGAAAAAGCAGCAAUGCAGAUGGAAGCAUUGCAAUACCAAAGAAUGAUGGAAGAACAAGCUGAAUAUGAUCAAGAAGCUUUACAGAUUUUGAACGAUUUAAUAACGAAAAGAGAGAAAGAGAAGCAAGAACUUGAGAAGGAAGUGGAAGAGUAUAGGGAAAAAGUGAUGGAUUACGAAGCAAAAGAGAAGUUAAGGUUGUUGAGAAGAAUGAAAGAUGGAAGUGUAAAAAGUAGAGACUCUUCCUGUUCUUGUUGCAACACGGGAUACACCGAUGAACUAUCCGUUGAUCUUAACAACGAAGAAAAAGAAGAAGAUGUCGACACAGUUUCUAACUUGGAAGAGAUAGCAUUAGAUUGCGUAAAGCAUGUAAGUGAACUCGAUAGUACUUUAGAAGAAUUUGAGGAAGAAAAAGCCUCUAUUCUUGAUCAACUCCAAGCAUUAGAGGAAAAGAUAAUUUCAUUGGAAGAUGGCGAAGAGUUUCUUGAUGAAAAAGAAGACUAUUCUAAUGGAAUUUCAUAUGAUAAAACCUCUCCAAGAAAAACAAUCGGUUCCUUGGCAAAGAAGUUACUUCCAUAUCUAGAUGAAGUUGAUAACGAGAACGAUGAAGAAGCAUUUCCGUUCGACAGAGAAUUGGAAAGUGAAUCAAAUGAAAUGCAAAUGCAAAUGCAAAAAUCAGUUCCUAUAAUGAGUGAAAUGGAUAGCAUGAAAGUGUGUGUUGAAGAGGAAGUUGAUCGUGUUUAUGAGAGGCUACAAGCUCUUGAAACAGAUAGAGAGUUUCUACAACAUUGUAUGGGAUCUAUACAAAAUGGUGGAGAUGAAGGAAAGGAUUUGCUACAAGAAAUCUUGCAACAUCUUCGUGAUCUUAAGAUUGUUGAACUUCGUUUGAAGAGUUUGGAUAAUGAUCCAUCCACUAUAGUUGAGUUACAUUCACCAUGCAAAGACUUGAAGUAGGUAUAAGGUAUAUGCAUUUUACAUUGAAUCUAAGUCUGGUUUUCUGGUGUUAUGACAUGGUUUGUGAAAUUGGUAAUAUCAAGACUACAAAGUUGAAGCAUUUUCAUAUCUAGAGUGUGAGUAUGGGCUAUCUACAAAAAUUGUGAGGCCCAUAAUUUUGUAGGAUGAGAGGAGAGAAAAUGUCUCUUAAAAGUAUGGGCUUAUAAAACUCAAGAGAAAAUUAUGUGUGGAUCAUUGUGUAUAAUUGGUGGGUCGUGCUACUAAUCUGGAUUUCAAAGUUUGAACAGAGACUUUGUUGUGUAAUUGGCGUGUCUGGAUUUUAAAAUCCGACUUUUAGGGAUAUUUUUUAAAUUUUAUCGGAGUAUGUGAAGGUGUAAUUUGAUACUAUUUCUCAAACUCUAUUUUAAAAAUUGUAAAAUUUAUGUUUCACUUUCUUU